AUGAUACCAAAUAAGAAUGCAAAGAAGGAAAAGAUUGCUCAAUAUUUUGCAUUUUUCUUGUUGUUGAUCGGAACGGUAGCGGCGCUGGUGGUUGGUAUGCAAAGCUACCACCACCACCACGAGACCGAUACCGAUGAACCUUCUAACAAUAAUGAUGAGCUAGCCACAUCAAAUAAAGCCAUCCAAUCUCUUUGUAAUCCAACACAUUACAAAAAAACAUGUAUUGGAACCCUUAAUUCUGCUGCUAGCAACACAAGUGACCCAAUAAAUCUAUUAAAGUUAGCUUUCAAUGCAACAAAGAAAGAACUUUUGGAUACCUUCAACAAGUUUUCCAAUUUACAUGUACCAAAAGACGAUCCAAGAGCGGUCCAAGGGCUUGAAAUUUGCAAAGAAUUAGUCGAAAACUCGGUGAAUGAUUUAGAGAGAUCAAUGAAUUCUGUGAAUGGUAUUGAAUUGAAAGAAUUAGACCAAUUAAUGGAGAAUCUUAAGGUAUGGAUUAGUGGGGCUUUAACGUACCAAGAAACUUGUUUUGAUGCAUUUGAGAAUUCAACUAGUAAUGUAGGACAAAUGAUGAAGAAUUUAUUAAAAACUUCAAAGGAGCUUAUUAGUGAUACUUUGAGCAUUGUUUCUAAGCUAAGCUCAUUGAAAAGUUCCUUUGAUGUUAAGCGUGGGUUUCAUCACCGUCGUUUGAUGGAUGACUCGAAACCUAAGGUUGCAUCUGAAUCGCAAAAACUCCCUGCUUGGAUUAAUGAUCAAAGACGUCGUAUCAUGAAACUUCCAACGACGAAAAUUCGUUCUAAUGUAACUGUGGCUAUGGAUGGGAGUGGACAAUAUAAGACUAUUAUGGAAGCGAUAAAUCGAGUUCCUAAUGAUAAUGUGGAGGCUUUUGUGAUAUAUAUUAAGGAAGGGAUUUAUAAGGAGCAUGUUAUUGUUGAUAAGAGUAAGACUAAUGUCAUAUUUAUUGGUGAUGGACCUAGCAAAACCAAGAUCACUGGAAAUAAGAACUUUGUUGAUGGUUAUCAAACGUUCAAAACUUCCACUGUUGAUAUCAUAGGAGAUGGUUUCAUGGCCAAGGACAUAGGCUUUGAGAACUCAGCGGGACCAACAAAGCAUCAAGCAGUUGCAAUACGUGUAGUAUCCGAUUUCUCUACCUUCUACAACUGUCGUUUUGAUGGAUACCAAGACACUCUUUACGCGGUAAGAUCACGCCAAUUUUACCGCCAUUGCACCAUUACUGGAACAAUAGAUUUCAUCUUUGGAGAUGCAAUGGCUAUUUUUCAAAAUUGCAAAGUGGCUAUUAGAAAACCAUUAGAAAAUCAACAAUGUAUUGUAACAGCCCAAGGCCGACUACAAUCCGAUGGGCCGGGUGCAUUUAUCCUUCAAAAUUGCACCAUUACCGCGGACCCUGAUUAUUACCCAGUUAAGGAUAAAAAUAGGGCCUUCUUGGGACGGCCAUGGAAGGAUUAUUCUCGAACUAUUAUCAUGCAAUCUUUCAUCGACGAAGCCAUUCAUUAUGAAGGUUGGGCUCCAUGGUCUGGUGAUUUUGGGCUUGAUACUUUGUUUUACGUCGAAUUCCAAAAUAGAGGGCCUGGUGCUGCUAAAGAAAAGAGAGUAAAAUGGAAUGGUAUCAAGCAGUUAAGUUCAGCCCAAGUUGAAGAUUUCACUAUUAGUAAAUUUUAUGUAAAUGCUAGCUCUUGGCUUAAUACCACCGGAGUGCCACACUACUCCACCAUGCUUAAUAUUUAAGGGUUUUUUUUUUUUUUUUUUUUUUUUUUUUUUUUUUUUUUUUUUUUUUUUUUAAUUUAGGAGUGACAAUUUCUGUACAAAGUUAUACUUCGAGUUGUUAGUCAAAUGAUUUCAGAUUUUUUAUUUUUUUUUGGAAUGUUUGUAUUUUCCCUGAUUUGAUGUUUUUCUAAAGCCGAAGAAAAAAGUGUACUUUGAUAUAAAUAAAGAUUGUACAAAUAUUCUCUCAAAAAUUUCGAAAAAAGCAAUUGUUUUACUUAGGAAAGUAAGAGAAGAGAAAAUGAAGGAUAGAUCAUCUUUUGUUUGGAUACCUAAUACAAGGAGAGAAGGGGAGGGCAUUGGAAGGAGUCAUUUUCCUUCCCCUUUUAAUAAAGAA